GAAGAGGCCCGUGAAAUGUUUUAUCAUGCCUAUCGUGCAUAUAUGGACAAUGCUUUUCCAGCUGAUGAAUUGCAGCCACUUAGCUGUAAAGGAAGAAUUCGAGGAGUUUCUCCAUCAAGGGGUGACAUGGAUGACAUCUUAGGAAAUUUCUCAAUGACGCUGGUAGACACAUUAGACACACUGGUAAUUUUGGGAGAUUUAGAAGAAUUUGAAUCAGCUGUGAAGUUGGUCAUUAAAAAUGUUCAGUUCGAUAGCGAUAUUAUUGUAUCUGUGUUUGAGACCAACAUUCGAAUGAUUGGCGGAUUAUUGUCAGCUCAUGUUUUAGUUGAGUAUAUCCAAAAAGAAGCCAGCAUGAUGUUGUGGUAUCGUGGAGAACUGUUAGAAAUGGCUAAAGAUCUUGGAUAUCGUCUGUUACCAGCAUUCAAUACAUCAACAGGCAUCCCCCAUGCUCGAGUUAAUUUAAAAUAUGGAAUGAAAUCUGAACCUUUAAAGCAUUCACGGGAAACUUGUACAGCAUGUGCUGGAACAAUUUUACUUGAGUUUGCUGCUUUGUCGAGAUUAAGUGGAGAACCGAUUUUCGAAGCAAGAGCACAUAUGGCAAUGGAUGCUUUAUGGAAAAUAAGGAAUCGUUCAUCUGACCUUAUGGGAACAGUUUUGAAUGUGCAUUCAGGUGAUUGGAUUCGAAGAGAUUCGGGAGUUGGUGCUGGAAUCGACUCGUAUUAUGAAUAUUUGUUGAAAUCUUACAUUCUACUCGGUGAUGAACGUUAUUUGUCAAGAUUCAAUCGUCAUUAUAAUGCCAUUAUGAAAUAUAUUCGACAAGGGCCGAUCUUACUUGAUGUUCAUAUGCAUCGACCACAUACAAAGAGUAAAAAUUUUAUGGAUGCACUUCUUGCAUUUUGGCCGGGACUUCAAGUUUUAUCUGGUGAUAUUGGACCAGCAGUUCAAACACAUGAAAUGCUUUAUCAAGUUAUGCAAAUGCAUACUUUCAUUCCUGAAGCAUUCACUUACGAUUUUCAAAUUCAUUGGGGUCAAUAUCAUCUAAGACCGGAGUUCAUUGAGUCAACUUACUUUCUUUAUAAAGCUACUGGUGAUCACUACUACUUGCAAGUUGGCAAAAAGAUAUUAAAGACACUUCAGAAACAUGCAAAAGUUGCAUGUGGUUAUGCUGCUGUUACUGAUAUUAGAACUGGAAAGCAUGAAGAUAGAAUGGACUCGUAUUUGUUAUCGGAAACUAUAAAAUAUUUGUAUUUGUUGUUCACUGAAGAAUCAGAUUUAUUAAUUAAUAUCGACGACUUCAUCUUCACCACGGAAGCUCAUUUACUGCCAUUAUCUUUGGGACAAUUAUCCAAUAUAACAACAGCAUCGAAAGACGAUGAAGAUUUAAAUUCAAUCGAGCUUGAUUUUAUGCGAUCGUGUCCUUCUCCAAACAAGUUGUUUCCUGAGACAGUCCGUCGACCUCUACGAGAUCUUGUCAGCGCAACAUGCCCUCGUGUCACCAACAACAACCGAUUGCGAGCUUCUGAAUUUCAAGCAAGUAAUGCAGAUCAUCUUCGAACCUUGUUUGACAUGGGCGUCACAAUGGUAUCACUUGGGAAUGGAAAAGUUCAACUUCUUCAUAGCUUUUAUAACGCAAAGUCAGCAGAAGAAGCAGAGCGAGGACUCCUUUUCAUGCAGGAAAUGAUUGAAUUAUCAAAAAUGAACACCAUGCAAUCUACAGAGCUUCACGUCGUGUCGUUUCGAAAACCCAAUGGUGAUGAAGUUGCGUUAACUGCUGGUCCAUCACAUUUCAGUCCUGACGUGGUGAAUUCUGUGAAAUCAAAAGCAUCAUAUGUGAUUCCAUCCCAUGCUUGUUCUGAGAUUCAAAACAAAGACGAUGUAAAAGGAAAAAUUGCAAUUAUUGAAAGAGGAGACUGCACAUUUGUUGAUAAAGCAAGAAGAGCGAUGCUUAGUGGUGCUAUUGCUGUAAUAAUAUUUGACAAUAUACCUGAUACAUCAAUCGUGAAUCAACCACCAUUCGCAAUGUCGGGAGAUGGUAAAGACGAUGUGAAUAUACCAACAUGUUUUCUUUUCACAAAUGAAGCUAAACUUGUGAGAAAUGCCUUAGACAAUGACAGUAGCUUAGAGAUUACUGUAAAGUCAACAAAUAGCGUAAAACCUUUUGAAGAUAAAAGCAAUAGCGAUGCCAAAACAGGAAACUAAAGCUUAAAUAUCUUAAAAGUCUUUAGAUAUAUUUAAGCAACAAAGAAAUUCGUAAAAACUUAUUAUUUUGUUAAUUUUUUGGAUUCUUAGAUCGCAAAAACCGAUGUGACUACCUACCACUUUUUAUUGUACAUCAAUUGUAAAGUAAAAGAAAUUAAAUUUAUUCUGCGAACAAGCAAAAUUGUUUGUACCUGUUUGUGAAUUUUUUGUUGUUGUUCGAUUUGUAAUCUACCUAAAGUGUUGUCGUUUUGAUUGUUAUUAAUAUUUCAAUAAAAAUAAUUGUCAAAACGAAAACAAUUGAAAUUUUACAAUUCCAAGGGAGUUAGAGUGAAACAUAUCCGACACUUCCUACCUAGAUAUCUGAUUCUUAUGAUUUACUCAAAACAUAGGACAUAAAAAUAAAUGAAAUUUUCUGUAAAAAUUAAUAAAAGUUGAUAUUUAAUAAAUAUUGAUAUCAAAAAAA